UCGUCUUUUUCAGCAGCCAUCAUGACGAGCUCCGACAGGUUCUGCUCGAGGAGCUUCAGUCUCACCCUUUCAAGGUGGUUUUAGUUUUGAGGGUGGAGAUGACACGAGAGUCGGCCACGGGUAGUACGUCUGCCUUCCCGUUUUUUAGAAGUAGACCGGCUCGGAUCCUCAGCGAAGGGGAUAUUGAUAGUGCAGUCAAGACGAUGGUGGCGAGGAUCACUGGUCUUAUUGAUAAGUGGGUGCAGAACGGAUCUGACUGGACCGUUUCUCGAGUGAGACAGCUGGAUGUGUCGACAGCAAAGUACACUCCUCUUCGAGGUGGUGCAGCUGAUAUCCCGCCCAAAUUAGAAAAAAAGAAGGCCAUCAUUAACGUAAAGAACAACGAUGACAGGUGUUUGAUGUGGGCGUUAUUGUCAGCGAUGCAUCCCAUCGACAACAACCCACAGCGUGUAUCCAGGUACACCCAGUACGUUGAUGAGCUGCGGUUCGAUGGUGUGAUGUUCCCUGCAACGCUCAGUGAUGUACCCAAAGUGGAGUUACAGAAUGGUCUUGCAAUCAAUGUGUUUGGCUACGAGGGGAAUCUGUACCCACUGUAUCUCAGCGAGCGACAGGAGACUCCAAUCAACCUGCUUCUACAUGACAACCACUUCACAUGGAUAAAAAACUUCAGUCGUGCAUGUGAGAAUAAGAACAAGCGGGCAACACACUAUUGCUUCCGAUGCCUCUCCGCACACAAAACAGCAGACUCCCUGCAGCAUCACAGCGAGAGAUGUCAGGUGAUGAAGCCUGUGCCAGUAGUCAUGCCCACAGCAAAGGACAGCAUCCUCAAAUAUACAAAUUUGAAGCACAGGAUGGUGGCUCCAUAUAUCAUUUACGCUGAUACGGAGGCCAUCAUUGAGCCGAUGGAGGAACAGCAUGGCAGCAGCACUGUACGCACAGCCCGUCAUGUACCAUGCAGCAUCAGAUAUGCUGCCAUCCGAUCCAACGGUGAAGUCCGUGGCGAGUUUGACGACUGCAGUGAGAAUGCCAUUCACAACUUUUUCGACAGUCUCAAAGAGUUGGAAGGCAGUAUCCAGGAGGAUUUGGCUGAUAUCAGGCCAAUUCGCAUGACGGCAGAACUGGAGCUUGAGUUUCAGAACGCAGUCAACUGCUGGAUAUGUGAUGAAGUACUUGGAGAAGAUCGUGUUCGUGAUCAUGAUCAUCUCACUGGCAACUACCGUGGUGCUGCACACUACCAGUGUAAUAUUCAGCUGAGUAUCUACCCAGAUCGCCAGAUCAUUCCGGUUGUGUUUCACAACCUGAAAGGGUACGAUGCUCACCACCUCAUCGCCCACAUUGGUAUGACCGAGGUUGAAGAGGUGGAGUACGAGGACUCUAACCAGCGUAAGCGGAUUAAGAAGGUUGGUGAGAUCAGUGUCAUCGCCAACAACAUGGAGAAAUAUAUUUCAUUCAAGUGGCGCCAGUACCGCUUCAUCGACUCCAUGGCCUUCUUGAACUCCUCUCUGGACUCGUUGGUGAGCAAAACUCUGGAAGACGCCUUCAAGCUUACUCGUACAUUGGCCCAUCAUGACCUUCUCCUGCGUAAGGGUGUCUACCCCUACGAGUACAUGGACUCCUUUGCUCGGUUUGAUGAGACACAGCUGCCGCCUAAAUCAGCAUUUGAGUCUAGUUUGACUGGAGAAGGUAUCAGUGAUGCCGACUAUGCCCAUGCUCAGAACGUAUGGCAGGUAAGCAGCUUGUGCCUUGCCCCUCAGAAUUUCCCUGAUGCCAUGCUUUUUGCAUUAUUGUGCUCUACUUACUUGAGUAUGCCGACAUCUGAGUUUGCCUGGUGUGACAAGAACCUGUCCGAGAUACUGGCACACCCUGUAGAUUCGAGCACUGGGUUCAUUGUGGAGUGUGAUCUUGAGGUACCCUCUUCGCUGCACUACUACUUCAAUGAUUAUCCACUCGCACCGGAAGUGAUGAGAACAUUCUCAGAUAAGCUAUCACCAUACCAACAAGCACUUGUGGAGGAGCUCAAAGUGUCAGCCGUAGAUGGAGUCAAGUUGACACCCAGUCUCCUACCCAAGUCCAAGUAUGUGUUACACUACCGUACACUGCAGCUGUAUUCGCGUCUGGGCAUGGUGGUGACCGCUGUUCACAAGCUGAUGAACAACUCAGUCUUUGGCAAGACGAUGGAGAACGUUCGUAACCGAACACGCAUCGAUCUCUUGCGAGAAGAAAGUGAGGAGCAGGUACUGAGGGCAGUGAGCAAGCCUACAUAUGUGCGGCAUGACAUUUUCCCGAACGGGCUUGUCGGGAUAGAAAAGCAGCACACUGAGAUCAAGCUCAACAAGCCGGUCUAUGUGGGUAUGUCGAUACUAGACCUGUCAAAGGUACACAUGUACUCCUUCUACUACGAUGUGCUGAAGGAGCAGUAUGGUAGCAGAAUCCGGCUGUUGUACACCGACACCGACUCUGUUAUUGUGCACAUAACCACCGGUGAUGUUUAUGCAGAGAUGGAUCUGUCUCUGUAUGACACCAGCAACUUUCCCACUGACCAUCCUCAGUACACUUCUGCCAAUAAGAAAGUGGUUGGCAAAUUCAAAGAUGAGCUUGGUGGGAAAUCCAUGGUGGAGUUUGUAGGUCUAAGAUCGAAGAUGUACUCCUACAUCGGGCAGGAAUCGGCCAAACGAGCCAAGGGUGUUCGGAAGGCAGUCCUGGCAAAUACCAUCACCCACAAGGACUAUGUAGAUGCACUGCUCAGUCAUCGUGUGUCUGCCAGGCCUAUGACGGGUCUCCGAUCACAUUGCCACACAGUGUAUGAGGAGGUAACCACCAAGGUGGCAUUGUCUCCAUUCGACUGCAAGCGGUAUAUACUGGAUGAUGGCAUGGCCACACUUGCAUAUGGUCACAAGGACAUUUAA